AUGGUUUUGGAAGAAACUAAAUUAUGGUUUGGAAAUCUUUUUAAAGGUAAGAACAUUUUUCUCAAUUAAUCUUAGAAGGGUGUGGGUGUGGGUGGGUGUGGGUGGGUGUGGGUGUUGGUGUGGGUGUGGGGGGUGGGUGUGGGUGGGGAGUGGGAUCGGGAGCAAGGAUAGUAGAGCUACAUCCAUGCACCCCC